UUAUUCUUAGCUCCGGUCUCAGCUCUCUCGUUCUCACCCUCCUCCCGAUCUGUCUCCUCGUCUCAUUGCUGUCCGUCGCUUUCUCUUUGUCGUUCUUUUUGGCUUCUGUUUGAUUUUUAUUUAAAUUCCUGUAAAGCUAUUUCUUCCCACCUUCCCUUCUGGUUUCCGUUGACGACCUCGCGAGCCAUUUUUUUCCUUUUGCCACAACUUCUAAGUUGCCGUUGCUUUAAUAUCGCCUUGCUCCCGGUCGUCCAGCCGUCCUGCUCCACCUGCCCGUCUCCUUCACCUCAUCGCGUCACCUCCAUCCUCCUCCGCUGAAGCGCUUUGCUUCUCCAUCAUGGGGAAGACAGAACUGUGCUCCGUCUAUAAGGGUUUUCUGGACUGUAUCUGUCUGUGCCGCCCUCGAAGCAGCAGCGAGGCUGCAGGCGAUGACGGGAGGGACACGGAAAGCGGCCAUCUGAUCUACAAAAGUGGGGACGUCCUCGAAGACAGAUACGAGAUAAUCAACACGCUCGGUGAGGGAACCUUCGGGAAGGUGGUGCAAUGCUCGGACCUCAGCAGAGGAGGAGGCCGAAUCGCUCUGAAGAUCAUUAGGAACUUGGAGAAAUACAGACAAGCGGCCAAACUGGAAAUCAACGUUUUGGAGAAGAUCGGCACCAGCGAUCCAGACAACCGACAUCACUGUGUGCAGAUGCUGGACUGGUUCAACCACUGCGGCCACAUGUGCAUCUGUUUUGAGCUGCUGUCUCUCAGCACCUUCGACUUCUUGAAAGCAAACAACUUCCUGCCUUAUUCCAUUAACCAGAUCCGACACAUGGCCCGCCAGAUCUGCCACGCUGUCGGCUUUCUCCAUGACAACAAGCUGACUCACACCGACCUGAAGCCUGAAAACAUCCUCUUUGUCAACUCGGACUACUCCCUCAUAUACAACGCUGAGAAGAAGUGCAACGAGCGGAGAAUAAACGACACCACGGUGCGGCUCGUUGACUUUGGCAGCGCCACCUUUGACCACGAACACCACUCGACCGUCAUCUCCACACGUCACUACCGAGCUCCAGAGGUCGUACUGGAGUUGGGUUGGAGUCACCCAUGUGACGUGUGGAGCAUCGGAUGCAUCCUGUUUGAAUACUACCAAGGCUUCACGCUGUACCAGACUCAUGACAAUAAGGAGCACCUUGCUAUGAUGGAGAGGGUGCAGGGAGCGGUUCCUCAGAGAAUGAUCCAGAGAAGCAGGAAGCAGAAGUAUUUCCAGCGCGGGCGCCUCGACUGGAAUGAGUACUCCAAGGCCGGACGCUACGUGAAGGCCAAGUGCAAACCGCUGAGGGAGUACUUGUUGUCCCGUGGAACGGAGCACCAGCAGUUGUUCCACCUCUUGGAGAGAAUGCUGGAGUACGAGCCCUCCGCGCGCAUCUCCCUGUCCUCUACCCUGGGUCACCCCUUCGUCCUGCCUCCUCAUCCGCCAGGGAGGAGUCACGCCUGGAGGCACAGCUGUGAUAUGAACAGAUGAGACCCUGAGUGGUCACUUGACCCUGUGUGGACAAUACCAAUCUGUUUGCAAGUAUUUCUAAACAGGAUUCUACAUUACAUCAGUGGAGAGUCAUUGAAAGAAGGGAUGCAUACGUUUACUAUUUCUUUGUUUGUUAUGUGCACAAUUUGUAAAGUUGAGGAAAUACGAGAAGAGUCUUUGUUAGUAGACAUUAGUAGACAUUCUUGCGGGGGGGCAGGAAUAUUACCUCAAAGCGGUCGGGUUGUGGUUAAAGGUGAAGAACAAAAGGGAGGAUUUGGACUUCUAUAAGCAGCUCAGUGGAGUCGACUUAUUGGACAGGUGUUUGUGGGGAAGCUGGCGGUGAAUGGGGUCGAGGUGGGUCAUUUUAAAUUGUACAUUGAAAAAACAGCUGAUCGCAGCAGAGAAAGAAAUAUUGGUUGCACUCAAUCAGCGGCCUGUUUCCAGAAACGGCAGACAGAACAAAACUGUUAUUGAUUUGAAGGUGUGUUUCUGAACCCUGAAUGCCCUCCUUUAUCUCUGGUUUUGGUCUCCACCAAUUUCUGAGGGAAAUAAAAUAUGUCUUAAGGAUGCUAAAUGCUCCACCAAGUUCACCUCCGUCUAUCGCCGGGUGCUCAGCAGGUAGCUCACUGUCAGCUUAAAAAUAAAGCUGAAACUUAACAGAGCCGAGGGGAUAUAGCAUAUUAUAUACUGUAUAUAUAUAUAAUGAUCAAAGCUGAGUAUGUAUGCUUUAUAUGUUUUAAUUAAUGUGUGAUAUCAACUUCUUUUGGCAGAUCCUUAAAAGUUGCGUUAUUCUUUGAUUGAUUAAAAAAGUAUACUGUGUUA